AAGCUGAAAAGGAUUUUUCCCACAGCCGUCCCAGAAGCACGGUGUACAUGACUAGAUGGUGACGUGAGACCUACACUGCACGUUCUCGCUCCUACCCUGACACACAAAGAGCCGGAACUGCAUGUGGCUGGCUGUGGAGAGCGGAGUGUUGGAUAAAUCAAUGCUGUGCUCCAAGUCAAGUAGCCAUUAUAGUCUCCGGAAUCAAUCAUUUCGCUCCCGCUGACGCUUGCCACGGCAGGGCCGUCGCUCCGUGCUGUACUCUGUUUUCAUUCGUGUAAAGAGAGUUUCGUCUCAGCUCCAUUUAUCUGUAACAGUGCGAAGAAUUAACGGCCACUACACCUAUUCUGAGGCCGACGUCAGCACAAGUGGACCGCGGGAACAACAUGUCGGCGAACACAACGGUCUCCCCCACCCAGACGACCGAUAACUUCACCGCCAACUUCACCGUCAACUCCACCCAGUCGCCCGUCGGGUCCUGUUUCGCCGCCGACCCGUACAGUGUCGGGGUGCAGGCCGUGCUGGGCCUGAUCACGGUGAUUCUCAUCCUCCUGACUGUGAUAGGUAACGUGUUAGUGAUCCUCGCCGUCACUUGCCACCGUAAACUGCGUACCGUCACCAACUUCCUCAUAGUCUCGCUAGCCUGUGCAGACCUCAGCGUCGGGAUCACCGUCUUGCCCUUCGCUGCCACAAACGACAUCCUCGGCUACUGGCCUUUCGGCGGCUACUGUGACGUCUGGGUGUCGUUCGACGUCCUGAACUCCACGGCGAGUAUCCUGAAUCUGGUCGUGAUCGCCUUCGACCGCUUCCUCGCCAUUACAGCCCCGUUUACCUACCACACUCGCAUGACGGAACGGACUGCAGGCAUACUGAUAGCGACGGUGUGGGGGAUCUCCCUGGUCAUGUCCUUCCUGCCCAUCCAGGCGGGCUGGUACAGAGACAACGACUCCGAGGAGGCCCUGGCGAUCUACGCCGACCCGUGCUUAUGUAUCUUCACUGCCAGCACUGCCUACACCAUAGUGUCGUCUCUCAUAUCGUUCUACAUACCUCUGCUCAUCAUGCUGGUGUUCUACGGCAACAUCUUCAAGGCAGCCCGGGACCAGGCCCGUAAGAUAGACGCGCUAGAAGGGCGGAUAGAGCAGGAAAACAACCGCCGUGGCAAGAAAAUAUCGCUAGCAAAGGAGAAAAAGGCGGCAAAGACAUUAGGCAUCAUCAUGGGCGUGUUUAUCCUGUGCUGGUUGCCGUUUUUCGUGGUGAACAUUGUGAACCCGUUCUGUGACAGGUGUGUGCAGCCUGCCGUGUUCAUCGCGCUGACCUGGCUCGGCUGGAUCAACUCCUGCUUCAACCCGAUCAUCUACGCCUUCAACAAGGAGUUCAGGAAGGUGUUUGUGAAGAUGAUCUGUUGUUACACGUGUAGAGGUGUGACGGUGGGGCCGAACCACGCGGACUUGAACUACGAUCCCGUAGCCAUGCGGCUGAAGAAGAAGGGAGAGAAUCCCAACGGGAACGUCAACGGCGACGCCAAUGGCAAAGCCAACGGCACCGCGGACAUAGAGGCCGGGGAAGGAACGUCAAGUUCCUAAGGUAACGCGUUUAGCUUAGACGGGAGGGAGCUGGACUCUCACCGAGACUUUAACUAGCGUUACUAAGAGUUGGGGGGACAUGUUUAAUCCCAAUGCCAAGGUCAUUGUUUUAAAACGGUUGCAUAUAUCAUCAUUAGACGAUAUCGUCAGAGAAUACAUUCUAUACCGAACAGUAUAACACCGACUAGCUCGGCUUGUACCCCCGGACCGGUCCCAGUGACAAACGCAGCUGAUACAUGUAUGGACACAAACACAGCUGGGAACGAUAUCUAAAAGACCUCAAAGCUGUAUUGAACAUUUGUGAAGACAAACGAGUAUCGAGAUUGAUCAUGUAGAAAGAUCACACUGAUAGACUUCAUCACAUCAAGUCUACGAAGAAUCUAUUCUGCACACGCUCAAAGUCAAGAGGACGAAUUCAGCGAUCAAAUGACUCGGAAAAUAUGACUGUACAGUUCUGAAUCUACGUUGGCAUGGCGUGCAUCGAAAUAAACAGCUCUAGUCUUUCGCCCGUGUACCAAGAACACUAGAUCCGUUCCGCCGUACCGACCAUGACAUCCGUACAAGUCAUGACAUCAUUCAGGGAACCACCAGGGAGGAAUUGUUCAGUGUUUUCAAGUAUGGACAGUCACCAUGGUGACGGCAAUACCGUGUAAAUAAUCUACAAGGUAGGACUCAAAGCGACGUAUUUACAGUGAUUGUAACGUCAUGAAGUGUGUAUGUGCUUACAAGCACUUCCAAGAAUCGAUUAAAAAGAUUUAACAUUGUUUAUUUUUACCUCUUAUUUAUCAAACUUUAAUGUGUAAAACUGUUUUGAAGACUCAAAUGUAUGUAUCAUAUAAUCAAUGUGUAACUUUCACCAUUCUAGAGGGUGCUUAUUUACAUAGGGAUUGGAGAGGGUCAGUCACAAGAAAGCUUAUGUGAACAGAAUUGUGGUUUUCAUGAUCAUGUACAAAUCUGCUACAAGUCUGUAAGGAGGAUUGAACCAAUUUGUGCAUGUAUGUAGAUAUCACACACCAAGCAGAUAAUAUGAUAACUGUGGUGGCUGGAGUUUGGUUUGUCCAUGACAAGAGAACAUGGCAAUAAUGAUAUAUUUUCGUCUCUAUGUGGCAACAGGGCAAUGAUGUAUUUUCUGUUUAAUGUAUUAUGUAUUUUCUUCCCAGAGUUAAAUUUUUCUAACCUCUACCUGACUCCAGUAGGUUGGUGGAAAGUGAAAUCGGCCCAUGAUAACACUGAAUAAUAUACCAGUGGAGAUAGCCGUGCACUUUGUCUCCCAACUAAGUCCUCUAGCAUAUCAUUCAGUCUAUUUGACCAAUCCUGUGCAAUUUUCCAUCAAUCCAUUGGAGUCUGGUAGAGACAACAAAUUUCCAGUUAGCUACAGAUAGUCGUCAAAUACAGUACUGACUAUAACAUUUGUCAGGGUGUGCGUGCAAGGUGGAACCUUACAUACAUGUUACUUAUUCAGGCUAUGUCGUCCGUGGAAAUCUUAAACAAAGAUAUUCACAAAAACGUCAAACACGAGAUUCCAUGUCGUUUCUUAACUUAGAAGCUUUUAGCACAAACUGAACUACAGAAAGUGUUGUAAGUUAUCGGUAGGGCCCAUACUCUGUUGUAGUUAC